CAGGAUUUUAUGAAGGUAUACACAGUGCUGACGGAUGAGCUGGUCGCUGAUGAGCUGAUUGCUGGCCAACCGUCCUUCUCAGCGGAUUACAUGCGCAGGAUGCUGGACUACAAUGUUCCAGGAGGCAAGCUGAACCGAGGGUUAGCCGUGGGGGACAUCCUGGGACACCUACAAAAGGACGAGGCAAGACCCCUCAACAGCACUGAAAUGCAAAUGUUUGAGGCAAAUGUUCUGGGGUGGUGCAUCGAGUGGUUGCAAGCUUUCUUCCUGGUGGCAGACGACAUCAUGGACAACUCCAUCACUCGAAGGGGGCAGCCCUGUUGGUACAGAGCCGAGGGGGUUGGGUUGGUGGCAUGCAAUGACUACAUCAUUCUGGAGUCCUGCAUCUAUCGCAUUUUGAAGAAGCACUUUGGGCAGAAGCCCUACUACGGCCUGCUCCUAGACUUCUUCCACGAGACCACGCAUCAGACAGCCCAUGGGCAGCUCCUGGAUAUCACCACAGCGCCCAUUGGCACAGUGGAUCUGUCCAAGUACACCGAGGAGACCUACCUUCGAAUUGUCACCUUCAAGACAGCUUUCUAUUCUUUCUACCUGCCUGUCGUCUGCGGCCUGCUUGUUGGGGGCACCAACAGCGAGGCUGCUUUCAACACAGCCAAGGACAUCUGCAUCCAGAUGGGCCAGUACUUCCAGAUCCAGGAUGACUAUCUGGACUGCUAUGGCGACCCAGAGGUGAUCGGCAAAGUGGGCACUGACAUCCAGGACAACAAGUGUUCGUGGCUUGUGGUGCAGGCCCUUAAAAGAGCCAGUGCGGCCCAGCUUGAGGUCAUAAAGGAGCACUAUGGCAGAGACAAUGAAGAGUCCAUUCAGAGGAUUAAGGAAGUCUUUGUCGAGUUGGAGUUGGAGCGGGUGUUCAAGGAGUAUGAGCAGGCCAGCUAUGAGAAGCUUAGCGCAGAGAUCUCCACGCAGAAGGAGCUGCCUGCAGAGGUCUUCACGGCGCUGUUAAAAAAGAUCUACAAGCGACAAAAGUAAGAAUAAUUACCAUGCCAUGACUGAAGCGUGUGUGCUAUUUGUUGAGAAUUGAGAGCGCUGCAUCAGUGAGCCGUAUUUGAUUACAACACUACUAGUAACUAGAUAAAUCCCUGGAAAUCAUGGUGCAAUUCUGCCUACUGGCACACUUUCAGCAGAGCGACGCCUCAAAUUUUUGCUUCUGCACCUCUUUGAUUGGGCAGAGCUCAAGCAGGUGACUAAAUAAAGCACAUGAUCAAUUUGAAGAUCCUGUUCUGAGUACUGGAGUAUGUCUUCUUUGGAGCCCGCAGUGUGAUCAUAGCUUGUCACAGCACCAUGCCUGAUCAUGAUAUGGCGCAUGUGUUCUCAGAGAUACUUUGGAUCCUCCCGUGGGUAUAUAUCAUAGCAUGAUGCUGAAUUCACGUUGUCAUUUACACGCGCACACUGGUUGCUGCCAUGCAUGGCUAAUCUAUUCCAUGGAGUUGUCCUCCCUGCUGAAGUUCAGGUCUAAACAGUUUGGCGCAGAGUGCUCCCUAUUGUAAGUGGACUGAGUAAAUCGGUACAGAU